AUGGUAAAUCGUGUUCUGAGACAAAAAAAUAUUCAAUUUAUGUUUCUAUUUGGCUUCUUUCUUCGAGAUUUGUAUCAACAGCUAAAACACGAACAUGAAAAAUUUCUUCGAAAACAAUUGAAAAAUUCGAAAGUUACCGUAUAUCGUGGACAAAUAAUGUCAAAGACGGAAAUUGAAAAAUUAAAAGACUCGAUUGAUAACAUUGUGACUAGUAGUUUUAUGUCUACAACUUUUGAUCCAGCUAUGUCAGAAAUCUAUCUUGGUACAUCAAUGCCAGACGAUGAAUUACAAAGUAUUCUCUUCGAAAUUGAAUUGAAUCUAGCUGAAAAAUCGUUUCCCUACGCCGAUAUCUCGACAAUAAGUUGGUUUCCAAGUGAAUCCGAAACUCUAUUGAUGCCAGGUCUAGAAUUCAAAAUGACGGAGAAUAGUAUUUAUUAUAAUGUCGAGAGAAAAAUUUGGCUUGCUAAAUUAGAACUCGUCUCAGACACGAUUGAAAAAGAAGACGAUCGAAUGCUUGAAGGAUUUGGUGAGAGAAGAAAAAUGAGAUAUUAUAUUGAUUUAUUGAUGGAAACACUAACAGAUUUUUGUAGUGCAACAGCUUCUCUUAUAGAGACUGUAUUCAAUCACUUAAUGGAAUUGUUUCCAAGAGAAAAGUGGAUUUUAGCAGUAAAAAUGUCUUGUUUAGCACAGUAUAACAUCGAUCGUGAUUUCAAUUAUACUCUUGCGUUACCAAACUGGGAUGAGGCAUUAAAAUAUUGGUUUGAAUAUCAAGAUGAUGAAGAAUUAAAUGUUAACAUUGCUAUUGGUCGAAUUUACUAUGAUAUUGGUAGUAUCUAUUAUUUUCAUAUAAAACACACUGGCAAGGCUAGAGAAAAAUUUGAUCUGUCAAUCAAGCACUAUCAAAUUGCAAUCAAGAAAGGUCUAACAAGUUCUGAAGAGAUCCACAUCUAUGAAUAUCUACAUGAGAUGUAUGGAAAAAAGUUACUUAUAUCUGCAAUAGAGACAGAUAACCAUACCAAUGAAGACGAGAUGAAAGAAAUUCAAUCCAUGAUUAUAAAAUAUUUAGAAUUGUAA